GACAUACUGUCCAGUAUCAAAAUAAGUGUAAAGUUCACAGUCCCUUUUGGCAGAGUGUGAAAGAGUUAGCAACUGGUGUUAAAGGAGGGGUAUCAGUGGCAGAUGCAACCAGGAAGUGAGGAGGCUGUUUAAAAUAAGCUGAGCUGAGUGAACCUCUACCCUGGAGACAGCAGACAGAGGAACCAUAACUAUUCAGAUUAUUUGAAUAUAUUUACGAUAUGAGAGGUGCAUAGGACAUAGAUCUAUUCUGUAGAUCUAUGCUGUAAUAGCACAGUGCAGAGCUCAUGAAGAUUAGGUAGGGUGAUCACAUCUGAUCAGACCAUGUCAGAAAGUCUCUUGGAAGAGAUCUUUUUAAAACGCUCCCAGCAGAAAAAGAAGACCUCUCCUUUAAACUUCAAGGAGAGGCUUUUCAUCCUCACAUUGGACAAGCUUGCCUACUAUGACUAUGAUCUGGACAAAGGGAAAAAGAAAGGGUUGAAAGGGACGGUGGACAUUGAUAAGAUCAAGUGUGUGGAAACAGUACAGCCAGAGCCAUGUGCCCCUGUGGAGCGCCAGUACCCAUUUCAGAUAAUCUACGAUGAAGGCCCACUCUAUAUCUUCGCAAAAAGCGAUGAGGUCCGGAAGCAAUGGAUACACAAACUUAAGCAUGUGGUACGCUUCAACAAGGACCUGAUGCAGAAAUACCACCCAUGUUUCUGGAUGGAUGGCAUGUGGCAGUGCUGCCAGCAGGAAGUCAAGCAAGCCAUGGGCUGCCGGGUGCUGGAGACCAAGAAUGGAGGGUUUUCCAAGGGGUCUCGAAGACAAUCUAGAAAACCACUUCCCCCUACGCCAGAAGAGGAGAAACCUUUGAGGCCUUUACCUCCACAGCCUCCUGAGCAGCCUGCACUCUCCACAGGGAUGACGGUGAUUGCAGAGUAUGCAUACACGCCUGGCACGCCCCAGGAUCUGGAGCUGAGGAAGGAUGAGGAGUACACCAUUCUAGAGAUGUCUGACGCCAACUGGUGGAAGGCCCGGGACAAAUAUGGCAAGGAAGGAUAUAUUCCUAGUAAUUACGUUGUGGAGGCUGGAAAUGAACUGGAAAGGUUUGACUGGUACUGCAAGAGCAUGAACCGCAGUCAAGCAGAAAAUCUGUUGAAGGCUGAGAACAAAGAUGGUGGUUUCUUAGUACGAGACUCAAGCAAAGUUGGAAAAUAUACAGUUUCUGUUUUCACCAAGGCUGGGGAAAGUGCUGGUAGCUGCAGACACUACAACAUCUGUACCACCCAACAAGGCCAGUUCUACUUGGCAGAGAAGCACAAUUUCAGCAGCAUCCCAGACCUCAUUAACUAUCACCAACACAAUGCAGCAGGUAUGGUGAGCAGGCUGAAAUACAUUGUGUCCAGUCAAACCCAAACUGCCCCAUCUACAGUAGGGCUUGGUUAUGGGAUAUGGGAAAUUGACCCACGCCACCUCACCUUCAUCAGAGAGCUAGGAAAUGGGCAGUUUGGUGUGGUCAAGUAUGGAAAGUGGCAGGGCCAGCACGACGUGGCUAUCAAGAUGAUCAAGGAGGGAUCCAUGUCAGAAGACGAUUUCAUAGAGGAAGCCAAAGUCAUGAUGAAACUUCGCCACGCAAAUUUGGUGCAGCUGUACGGGGUCUGCACCAAACAAAGGCCUAUCUACAUUGUCACCGAGUUCCUCGUCAACGGCUGCCUCCUGAGCUACCUGCGGGAAGGGCUGAAGCAGCACCCAUCCCCGAUCCAGCUUCUGGAGAUGUGUAAGGACGUCACAGAGGGCAUGGCUUAUCUGGAGUCUCAGCAGUACAUCCACAGAGACCUGGCCGCUAGGAACUGCUUGGUAGAUACUAAUGGGACCAUUAAGGUCACUGACUUUGGAUUGUCAAGGUACGUUCUAGAUGAUGAGUACACAAGUUCUGUCGGCGCCAAGUUCCCUGUGCGCUGGUCACCUCCUGAGGUCCUACUCUACUGCAGAUUCAGCAGCAAGUCAGACAUUUGGGCUUAUGGGGUUUUAAUGUGGGAGAUCUACACUUUGGGGAAGAUGCCAUAUGAACGGUUAAACAACAACGAAAUAGUGGAUCAGGUGUCCCGAGGCCAUCGUCUCUAUCGUCCCCAACUGGCCAAUGACAAAGUCUACAAUAUCAUGACGAGCUGUUGGCUGGAGAAGGCGGACGAAAGACCCACCUUCCAGGAGCUGUCGGUGACUGUGGAGGAUUUGCUUUAUGAGCUCCAGUAGAUUCAACCACCCCUUUCUGAGAUUGAGAUGGUUUACAGACUCAUCCUUCUGGCAGAUAAACUCACGCAACGAACACUCAAUGCUUAAUCACCUCUGGGCCUUAUCCAUUCAGGGACCUGCCUUUCGAGCCAUCCUGUGACAGCUGAGAGAUGCAUUAUGGUUGAACAUGACAAGCUCCAGUAAUGUGAAAUACAAUAUUUGAGAAUGUUAUUGCUGUGGAUUGUGAACAUGUUGUUUUAAAUGUUUUUCCUUAUUUAUUUCUCAUGUUUUCUUUUAUUCCCAUCACAGAUUAACUACAUUGAAAAGGAAUAUAGGUAUUUGUUUCUGUAUGUUUUUUUUUUUGGCGAAUUCACAAAAAUCUGUAGUAGAAAAAAAACUGUGUGAAAAUGUGGUUU